AAUUUCCCAUGACUCUUUGCGCUGUUGGGGUUACAUGCUGCCCUGCACGCAGUCUGUGUGCUGCAUCAGUGGUAAAUGUGGUCCUUGAACGUUACAUAGCACAAGCAUACUCGUAUGGCCGAAAGGAGAAAGAGGGUCAAUUUAAUUUUGACCUCAACACGAAACUUAAAACGUGCUGUAUUUAUGGUUGUGCAAUCAUAAUCAAAGUCUCUGGUUAAGCGUCACAGAGAAGAGGAGGAGGGAGAGGGAGCACAGACGAUGAUAAUGCAGCGCAUCCUUUGUAAUGGAACGCUGCGCCGUGUCGCAGCAGUCCGCCCCUUGCUGGUCGGCGUCAGCGUCACAGAGCCCCCGGUAGCGUUUUGCUGCUGUGCCCUCCGCCUGUCGAUACCACCACCCACCGGUCGCUGCCUGCUCUCAACCUCAGCCAGCAGCAAGGCAGCACAUCAACCAAAGCAUCAGCCGCCUCAGGAGGAUCCACAAUCCACCUCUACACCUUCAACACAGGAAGUCCAGAAAGAGGAAGCAUGGCCUGAAUAUGUGGAGGUGGACCCCCUGCAGGAUAAGUCCAUCGGUCUGGUCCAGAGGUUUAAGAGGACCUUCAAACAGUAUGGAAAAGUGUUGAUCCCUGUUCAUCUCAUGACGUCCACCGUCUGGUUUGGAACCUUCUAUUACGCUGCUAUGAAGGGUGUGAAUGUAGUGCCAUUCCUGGAGAUGGUUGGUCUACCAGAGUCACUUGUUGGCCUUUUGAGAGACUCCUCGAGUGGCUACGCUCUGACUGCAUACGCCAUGUACAAGAUUGCAACCCCCGCCAGAUACACGGUCACUCUUGGUGGCACGUCACUGUCUGUUCAGUAUCUCCGCAAGCACGGCUACUUAUCCACACCGCCACCAGUGAAAGAAUACUUCCAAGACAAGAUGGAGGAGACGAAGGAGAAACUGUCGGAAAAGAUGGAGGAGACAAAAGAGAGGUUUUCAGAGAAAAUGGAGGAAACGAAAGAACGUUUGUCUGAAAAGAUGGAGGAGACUAGGGACAAGCUCACUGAGAAAAUACAAGAAACCAAAGAAAGAGUCACUGAUGGGAAAGCGUUUUUUAGAAAGAAAGGCGAGUAGAGAAGCUCUCUCUUCCUGGUGGCGCCUCUGAAUGAUCCUAUUUUGAUCCAGACAUGUAAUCAGUGAGUGUGAGCAGAGUGACAGGAGGCGCCGAGAUGCCGCUAGGAAAGAUUGGAAAGACAGAGUACCAUCCUUGUCCUAAAAUUUCACCUUGCACUCAGAGUAAUCACCUGUUGUCUAUUUACCGUAAGUGUAAAAAUCAGUCCCUUACUGUCCAACCUUUACCACUUUGCACUGUAAGUGUAGACUAGAGAGCAGCUUAGCAGACUCCCAGCAAUGCUACGAUCUAAGCCUGUCAUCUCAAACUGGAUUUACGCUGGCUCAAGUGAUCUGGACUUUAACUCUUUGCGGGCUGUUAAAUACGGGGCUGUGUUCACAUUCAUGCAUGAGAGGAAGAAGAGCCGGGGCUUCAAAGGAAUUGAAAAAAUCAAUGUGCCUGUAUAAACAGCAUCCAUGUAAGACUGAACGAGACAGAGCAGGUCUGAUCCUUCUGAACUUGAAGCUCAUAGUAACAUGUGUGUGCGAGUCCAUCAAAGCCUUUCUGAAGGCUGGGUUUCACUUAGUGUCUUUUCUAAUGGAAGGGGGAAGAAUCUAAGUUUUUCUAAUGUAUUUUUAACGGAUAGCCUGAGCUAAUAUAUGACAUUAUUGUACCACUUAAUGUGCUGACUGAAAGUUGUGUAUGAUGUGACAAAGUCAGAUUUAUGAAAGCUGUUCUUGGAGCAGGUAUAUGUCCGCUUACAUGUGAUGAGUUCUCUGUCAUACAUGUAAACAUGCAGCAAGUUCAGUGUGGGAGCAGAGAACACGCUGUGGAUCACGGUGAUGUGUCAGAUUGAAUAUCUUGGGUACUUUGGUAAAUAGAAAUAUGUUGUCUUCAGAAAUUCAAACAGAUGUCUGGUUAAAACCACAACUAAAUAAAGUCAAAUGCAAAUCAUGAA